AUGGAACGUCUGUUGUUUGUGGAGAAUUCAAACAAAACCACGACGCUAACUGUAGAGAGGAAUAGGAGCACGGUGGGCAGAGCCAUGUGCGCGGCGGCCCCUCCCAAUGCUCACUGUGCACGGGGACAGAGCACGGUGGGCAGAGCCAUGUGCGCGGCGGCCCCUCCCAGUGCUCACUGUGCACUGGGACAGGGCACGGUGGGCAGAGCCAUGUGCGCGGCGGCCCCUCCCUGGGCUCACUGUGCACGGGGACAGAGCGCGGUGGGCAGAGCCAUGUGCGCGGCGGCCCCUCCCUGGGCUCACUGUGCACGGGGACAGGGCACGGUGGGCAGAGCCAUGUGCGCGGCGGCCCCUCCCUGGGCUCACUGUGCACGGGGACAGGGCACGGUGGGCAGAGCCAUGUGCGCGGCGGCCCCUCCCAGUGCUCACUGUGCACGGGGACAGAGCACGGUGGGCAGAGCCAUGUGCGCGGCGGCCCCUCCCUGGGCUCACUGUGCACUGGGACAGGGCGCGGUGGGCAGAGCCACGUGCGCGGCGGCCCCUCCCAGUGCUCACUGUGCACGGGGACAGGGCGCGGUGGGCAGAGCCACGUGCGCGGCGGCCCCUCCCAGUGCUCACUGUGCACGGGGACAGGGCGCGGUGGGCAGAGCCACGUGCGCGGCGGCCCCUCCCAGUGCUCACUGUGCACGGGGACAGGGCGCGGUGGGCAGAGCCACGUGCGCGGCGGCCCCUCCCAGUGCUCACUGUGCACGGGGACAGAGCACGGUGGGCAGAGCCAUGUGCGCGGCGGCCCCUCCCUGGGCUCACUGUGCACUGGGACAGGGCGCGGUGGGCAGAGCCACGUGCGCGGCGGCCCCUCCCAGUGCUCACUGUGCACGGGGACAGAGCACGGUGGGCAGAGCCAUGUGCGCGGCGGCCCCUCCCUGGGCUCACUGUGCACGGGGACAGAGCGCGGUGGGCAGAGCCAUGUGCGCGGCGGCCCCUCCCAGUGCUCACUGUGCACGGGGACAGAGCACGGUGGGCAGAGCCAUGUGCGCGGCGGCCCCUCCCUGGGCUCACUCUGCACGGGGACAGAGCACGGUGGGCAGAGCCAUGUGCGCGGCGGCCCUUCCCAGUGCUCACUGUGUACGGGGACAGAGCACGGUGGGCAGAGCCAUGUGCGCGGCGGCCCCUCCCUGGGCUCACUGUGCACGGGGACAGAGCGCGGUGGGCAGAGCCAUGUGCGCGGCGGCCCCUCCCUGGGCUCACUGUGCACGGGGACAGAGCGCGGUGGGCAGAGCCAUGUGCGCGGCGGCCCCUCCCAGUGCUCACUGUGCACGGGGACAGAGCACGGUGGGCAGAGCCAUGUGCGCGGCGGCCCCUCCCUGGGCUCACUCUGCACGGGGACAGAGCACGGUGGGCAGAGCCAUAUGCGCGGCGGCCCCUCCCUGGGCUCACUGUGCACGGGGACAGAGCGCGGUGGGCAGAGCCAUGUGCGCGGCGGCCCCUCCCAGUGCUCACUGUGCACGGGGACAGAGCACGGUGGGCAGAGCCAUGUUCUCGGCGGCCCCUCCCUGGGCUCACUCUGCACGGGGACAGAGCACGGUGGGCAGAGCCAUGUGCGCGGCGGCCCUUCCCAGUGCUCACUGUGUACGGGGACAGAGCACGGUGGGCAGAGCCAUGUGCGCGGCGGCCCCUCCCAGUGCUCACUGUGCACGGGGACAGAGCACGGUGGGCAGAGCCAUGUGCGCGGCGGCCCCCUCCCAGUGCUCACUCUGCAGAGGGAUAGAGCAGGGUGCACCGGCAGAGUAG